AUGGCCGAUGGGAGCCCAAACACGACCUUUCGUACACUUGACCAUGAUUAUGAGAUUCGUCAGCUUCAGGUAUUUCAACGAAUGGUUGAGCAAGGUCUAAUUUAUCGGCACUACCGACCAGUACAUUAUUCUCCCUCGUCGCAUUCAGCUCUUGCGGAAGCGGAGCUCGUCUAUAACGACGAUCAUGUCUCGCAUUCAGCCUAUGUGACCUUUCCGUUGGACUCGCAGACUAAAAUCGCGAACAUUGCUCUCCGAGAAGUCUUAGCUAAGGCACCUUCGGCAAGUUUGCUAGUAUGGACUACUACACCUUGGAAUCUCACAGCAAACAUGGGCAUUGCCGUUCAUUUUCAUCUGUUAGGCGCGCAAUUCCGCUCCGUCUUCUCUUUGAUCCACCCGUCUGGCUCGGUGAGCGCAAAGAUCAUUGCGGCGGCUCAUGUCACAUCGGAGUCUGGAUCCGGUCCGGUGCACUGCGCUCCCGCACACGGCGCAGAAGAUUACCUGGCGUUCCGAUCGCUAGGUCUUCUGCAGGGCUCCACGGAUAUCAUUUGUCACGUUGACGAUGCUGGAAAAUUUUCCCUUGAUGUUGCUCAUGUCGUAGGCGAAGAAGCUGCUGCAUUUCUCGCCAGCGAGUGUGGGGUGUCCCGAUCCCGGCUCUACACCACACCCCAACAGAUACCGCUGUCCUCUCAUCCGGAUCCCUCACUCACAUAUUACGUAUUUUGUCUGAACGGGGCGUGGCUCAUUGGUGGGAAGGUCCAGUUGAAGACUUCCUUACCCCAGAGCUACUCGCCAAAUUUGCAGGUGGACCUGAAGCUUGACGCAAUGGCACGGGCGGAAUCUAUGAGAAGAAUCCGUAAUUCUGCUCGGUUUAUUCUUGGAAAUAUUGGUACAACUGCUCAACGAAAGCACUUUGUUUCGGUUGAACGCAGCGAACUGUGCUUGGCUGAGUGCUUUGUGAUGAACGAGCUUGAUCAAAUUGCUGCAGAAGGAUAUGCAAACUAUAACUUCCCAAAAGUCAUGACUUCCUUGACCAACUUUGCAAACCUCACGUUGUCAUCGCUCUACUUUGAUAUUACGAAAGACUGCCUCUAUGCCAACGACAUUCAAAGUGUCGAGAGACGGGCAGUUGUGACAAUCCUUGCCAAAGUUCUUGACUCUAUGACCUCCGCAAUGGCCCCAGUGCUCCCUUACCUGGCGGAGGAAAUCCACACUGCUCUCCAUGAAGGUGAUGAAGCUGUGUCCCAGCUAUCUGUCUUUGCGAAGAAGUGGACUCCUGUCAGCACUGAGUGGAGUGAUCCGCAUGCCGAACAAGACAUGGCUAAUUCGCUGAGGAUGCGCAGUGCCGUGCUAUCUCUUUUUGAAAAGGCUCGAGGAGACAAGCAUCUCAAGAGCUCUCUAGAAGCUGAGGUCGAUAUUAUCUUGCCCAACAAUAUAUCUGUGCAACCAUACUUACUACAGUUGAUCAAACGCGAAGAGACGUUCCUAAAGACGCUUUUCAUCGUCUCUGAUGUCACUAUCACGGAUGAAGGCUCUCUUGGCACUAGUUCAUUCGCGUGGUUCUAUGUUUCCUCAAUGGACGUACCCGACUCGGACUUUGAGCUGUCAAUUCGCGUUAGACCCGCAUCUUCGAGCAAGUGUCCACGGUGCUGGACGUAUACUCGUGAAGAGGAGCAUGAUUUAUGUCCCCGCUGUGAGGACGUUGUUCGAAACGUGGAUUAG